GCUGCCAUGUCGGACAUUCUGUGCGAGUGGCUGAACCGGGAGGUGAAGCUCUCCCGGACCGUGGAUCCAAAAUCAUUCCCAAAAGAAUUUUCUACUGGCUACCUAAUUGGAGAAAUUCUGCACAAAUAUGAACUUCAGGAUGACUUUAACCAAUUUUCACAAAGCAGGGUCGCAAACUCUAAACUUAACAAUUUUUCUCGCCUGGAACCAACACUUCAACUCCUUGGUGUGCAAUUUGACCAAAAUGAGGCCCAAAAUAUCAUGACUGAACAGCAUGGGGCUGCAAUCAAGCUUUUGUAUCAACUGUAUGUUGCCCUAGAAAAAAAGAAGAAGGCGGGGCUCACAGGAGUAGCCAUGGAAGCAAUGAGACCUGCAGCACCUGCAAAGCUCCAGGGCAUUGAGAGUGAGUUGUAUCGAGAGCGUCUUAGAAACCUAAUGCCACGGCAGACUGACUUGAGACUGCAGCAGGUUUCAGAGCAUUUUGAAAUGAAAUCUAAGCACAUGGAAAAUAAAAUAGCUCGUAUACAGUUUGCAGAACAACAGAAAGUUCAAAAAAUCCAGGAGGAGCAAAGAGCCCAAGACAUUGAAAAGCAUCGUAAAGGAAGAAGGAGACAAAAUGAAAUAAUGGCCAGGAUUCAAGCAGCUAUUAUACAGAUUCCAAAACCACCACUAAACCGUACCUUGAAAGCUAUGGAAGCCCAAAAAUUGUUAAAAAAGAAAAAAGAAGCAGAGGAUGUAUACAUGGAAAUUAAGAAGUUUGAGAAGUUUAUGAGGAAAGAGAGCCCUACUUCUAGUAGCACCCAAGUCACUGACAGCAAUGUACAGGACACCUUGCAGAUACAGGAGUUAGACACAACAGCUCCAGACACCACAGCCCAGACAACUACUGAAUUGUUGAGCACUUAUUCAGAUGAUGAAUAUAUAAGAAAAAUUCAAAAACGUCUAGAGGAAGACAGUUUUGCCCGGGAGCAACGAGAAAAGAGACGACGGAAGAUGUUAAUGGAACAGCUAAUAGCCCACGAAGCACAAGAGGAGGCUUACCGGGAAGAGCAACUUAUUAAUAGAUUAAUGAGACAGUCCCAGCAGGAGCGGAGGAUUGCUGUACAACUCAUGCAUGUUCGGCAUGAAAAAGAAGUGCUAUGGCAGAACAGAAUUUUCAGAGAAAAACAGUAUGAGGAAAGACGACUGAAAGAGUUCCAAGAAGCUCUUGACAGAGAGGCGGCUCUUGCAAAACAAGAAAAAAUUGAUUAUGAGGAACAUAUUUGCAAAGAAAGAGACCUACAUGAGAAAAUUGCUGCUGAAAGAGCGGAGGCUCGAUAUAAAAAGCAUUAUUCCAUGUGUUGGGAAGUGAUUGACCAAAUUAUUGAUCUAUCAACCAAAACAGGAGAAUAUCGAAUGUUGACAAACAACCUAAUUCCAAUUAAACUGAUGCGUGAUUGGAAAGAACUUUUUUUUAACGGAAAACCAAUAUAUGAACAAGCGUCGAUUGAACCUUUGCCAACUGAGCCAACCCCAGAACAACUUGUAGAGUUGGAUAAAAUGAAUUUGCUAGAUGAGAAAGAUUAUGAUGAAUAUAAGAGUAUGGUAGGGGAGUGGUGCCCACCUGAAGAGCACAGUGGAAGCAAACCUCCACCUAAUAAUAAUAUAUUGGGUCAUGUGGUUCAUAGAUUGAUGGACAUUGUCUACCCUCCAAUGCCUGAACCCCCACCACCUGUAUUUCCUCCGUUUCCUAUCCAGGGAUGUGUUUUAGGAAAGCUUUUUAGUGGAAAAAGCACCUGUGUAAAGUUCUUGGAAGAAGCUUGCAACAUUCAGGUAUUGUCUAUUGAUACUCUGGUCCAGGACAGCAUCAAAGCUUUCCAUGAGAGUGAAAUGAAAAGUGAAAGCAGCUUGAUUCCACGAGAAGCAGAGGGUUCUGGGAAACAAAAUGAAGUCCUGAAGAAGCCGCCUUCAGCUUUAGCAUCUCAGGUUUCUGAAAUAGUGCCAAAGAGCGCAUCACUUGAUGGAACCAAAGGUAAUGGUCUUGGCAGAAAAGAAUCUUCUCAUCAAGAAAUGAAGUCAAGCGAGAGUAAGGAUGAAGUAUCCAAAUUAUCUGUUCGUGCCUGUCUUGGUGCAGCAUCAGAGAAAUUGUUGAAGAAAGGAACAAAUAUUCCUGAUGAAUUGCUAGUUGACAUCAUGGUGGAGGCUAUUAAACGAACACCACAGAAGAAGGGAUGGGUCAUGGAUGGAUUUCCAAUGACAAUAAACCAGGCAAAACUACUUGAAAAAGCACUUACAGGAAGUGAUCCAGACAAAGCAGAAACAAAGGAUGAGAAGUCUAAAAAGCCCUCCCUAGUUACAGACCCAGCAGCCCCAAAAGAUCCACCUUUAUCCCCACCUGCAUUUGAUUUUGCUCUGUUAUUAGACAUUUCAGACACCGCAGUGCUGGAACGCAUGGCUGGCAUGAAGGAUAAAUCAGGGUCAUCACAGAUUCAGCUGGAAGACAGUGAUCAAGCUUCAGAUCUUGAACUCAAAGAAAGAGAGAAGAUCGACUUAGUCAGGGACCAGAUACAACAUAGAAUUGCGGGCUUUCUAGACAACUGGCCAAAACUGGAGAAAUGGUUUUCAGUGCAGCAAAAUAUUCUAGUGAAAGUUAAUGGUGAGACAGAGAAGAACCUUCUGUGUAAAAGGAUAAAGGAAAUCUUAUUGGAGGAAAUUGCUAAAAAAGAGAAUAGAAGAAAAGAACUGGAAAAAAAAGAAGCUGAGAAAAAGCAAGAAGUUCCUACCCCUUUGCCACAAGCUGAGACACUAACAGUUCCAGCAGAUAAAAAUAAGGAAACUGAAUCUCCUUCUCAAGAUCAGGAGCCUAUGCCUGCAAAAUCCAAAUCACUCAAAGAGCUACCCAAAAAAUCAGAAUCCUUUAAGGACAAAAAGGUAAUGAAAGAUGAAGCACCCAAGGGAAAAGAUGCAGCAAAUAAACCAGGCUCUGUUCGAGGAAAAUCACCGGGGAAAAAAUCUUCACCAGGUACACCUGAAGAUCUACCUCCUCCCACCCUUAUAGGACCACCACCAAUUAAACCAGGAUCAGAUGAAUGGGUUUAUAUAGAUGAGCCACUUCCCAAGGAAAUACCUGAAUUUUUAGUACCUUAUUGGGAAACGGUAGAAAAUACUUAUGAAAAUACCAUCAAAACUAUACUUGGAUGUUUAAGAGAAGAACGGUAUUCUGUGAUUCACUACUUAGCAGAUAAUAGAAACCAUUUUAAGGAUUACCUGAAGCGUCCAGACCAUAAGCAGGAGUUUGUAUCUCAGUGGCAAUCUGAUUAUAACUCCAUUGCUGAUGAUCUGUGGGAAGAUGAGGAAACAAAAGCAGAAUUACACCAAAGGGUUACUGACCUGAGGGACCGUCUCUGGGAUAUUUGUGAAAACAGAAGGGAAGAAGCAGAGCAAGAACGUAGUGAUAUCAUGAAUGAUGGCUGGUUACCAGAUCAUAUGGGAAUCCUGAUGAACCAUUUCUUUUCACUUAUGCAGGUUGAAGUGGACCGUUUCCAAGAUACAAAGAGAUUUCUACAUGACUAUUACAGGGGAAUGGAAGGCAAAAUGCCAACAGAGGCCUGUCAAGAGUUCACUAGAAUCCCAUUAUUAGAUAUUGUUAAUGUAGAGCAAUCUGUGGAUCAAAGCAAGUCAAGAAGGAUUCCCAUGGUUCCUCGUAGACCCCCUUCUCCUGAAAUAAAUGUCAUCAAGCAGAAAAGCAAAGCAAUUCAACUAAAGAGCAAUAAGGAGGGGAAUUCCUCUGAAAGUAUAAUAUUUAACUUUGGGGCAGAUGAGAAACUUAUCACUGAUACAUGGCAAGCAGCAGUAACAGCAAUAUCAAAUAUGGUAACUGCUGAAAUACAAUCAAAAGAAGCAGAGGAAGAAAAAGAACGCCAGCAGCUAGAAAAGAAAGAACAAGAACGUCAAAAACCACCUCAGGCAGCAGGAGGCAAAGGUGGUGGAAAGGAUGCCAAAGAUGCCAAGAAACCACCUCCAAAAUCACCCACCAAAAAGAAAGGUGUUCCUUCUCCAGCACCUGUGGUUGAAGCCACUCCCAUUCCUCUAACAUCAGAGGAACUAAAGAAACAAGAAUUAAAGCUUAAAAUGAAACAGGAAUAUUUUAGUGCCCUUGAAUAUGAAGAGGAAGCUGCAAAAUCUCGACUACAGCUGAUAAAGACAAAGGUAUUAACAUUUGUUGAAGAACUAGUCAUGAAAGCGGAAGAAACUUACAAAUAUAUGGAAAAGUGGCUUGGCGCCAGGUUCCUUGCAGAAAUGUCCAGUGUUGACAAAUUAACUGAGAUUGCACGCCACCACGUUGAAUGUUCUACGAGAAUCCAAUAUGAAUUGGUUUUAGAUGAGACAGACUUCUUCAUAAGCAAUGAUGUAAAAGUAAUUCCAGAUCCUAUCCCUCCACCACGGCCUCCACCUGUAGAGACAUCUGUAAAUGGUACCCUAACUAUUUCACAACUUAGCACACUCCAUAAGCAAUUUCUACAGGUGGCACCUAAAGCCAUAAAAGCAUUGAAGCAUUUUAAAGGCAACAAGAGCAAAGUCAGUGACGAAGGAAAAGAGAAACGGUGUUUUGAACAUCAAGCAAAGGGGAAUCGCCAGUUUCUGAAAACAUGGCUAAUGAAAUACCCCUGGUUAAAGUAUGAUGAUAAAAGAGGAAUAAUGUUCUGUGCCCUGUGUCGCAAGCAUAAUGUGAACUUGGGGGAAAACAUACAUAAUUUUUGUUCUGGGACUGACAUCUUUAAGCUUGAAUUUAUAAAUAUACACCACAGCAGUGAAGCUCAUGCCUGGGCUAGUUGCAUGGAAGCCGCCAGCAAUGCUACAGGAGACCAAGCUUCUACUGAGCAGAUGUUAAAGAGCAUGAGCAAAGUAACUUUAGGAAGAAUAGAAAAUAUUUUUAGAACAUGCCAUGCUAUAGCCAAGUGUGGACGUCCUUUCACAGACCUUGACUGGAUGUGCAAACUGGAUGACAUGAAAGGUGUGGACAUUGGUUAUAUGUUUAGAAAUGACAAGUCAGCAAGAACAUUUAUACAUUAUAUUGCUGAAGUAGAACGUAGGGCCUUGAAAGAGAAACUCGAAAAAUGUAAGUUCUUCUCCCUUAUUAGUGAUGGAGUGGCAGACAAUGCAAUCAAAGAAGGUGCAGUUGUAUAUAUACGCUUUGCCUUUGAAGGAAAAGUCCACUGCCAGAUUGUUGGGGUUCAAUCAGUUGACAAGUCUGAUGCUUCAACUAUAAAAAAUGCCAUUGUGAAAACUUUGCAAAUAAAUCUUCAGGUCAAUCUGUCAAGUCAAGACUGGUCAAGAAAAUUAGUUGGGUUUGGGAGUGAUGGUGCAGAUGUCAUGGUAGGAGAAAACAAUGGGGUAGCUAAGCUGCUGAAGGAAAUUCAGCCUUGUGUGCAAUCUGUGCAUUGUUUUGCUCAUCGACUUGAACUGGCUUAUAAGGGAGCACUGAAAAGCAUUCAGCUAUACACCACUCUAAGUGGUCUCUUGCAAAAUAUAUAUUACUUUUAUCAUAACUCACCUCUAAAUAAGAGCAAUCUCAAAUCCAUAUAUGAAACCCUUAAGCUACGUCCAGCGAUUCCCUCUCGAAUUGGAGGCACCCGAUGGCUUUCUCGCCUACAGACAGCUCUCCAGAUCCUUCUUAAGGGUUACCCUGCAAUUCUCCUGCAUAUGAAUAAGAUGCAAGGAGACCCAAGUGCCUCAAAUCACCAAAAAGUCAAAGGCCUUCUAAAGCUUCUUCUGAAAAUGGAGGUUGUCAAGUUCUCUCACUUCUUGCUGGAUAUCAUUAAUGUCCUCAACAUUCUAUCCCGUGUUACUCAGGAUCGUAACUCUUCCAUUGCAGAUAUAUUUGCAACCAUGCAGUCGACACUGGAAACACUCCAAAUGUAUAAAACAAGAUCUGGUCCAAAGGAGCGCCUAGUUGAUGCAGUUACACACUUUCAUGGUCACCAGCUUGUAGGCAAUGAAAAUAUCUUACCAGUACGAACCAAAGUAUUAAGUAAUCUGGUGAGGAGGCUACAUGAUUGCUUUUGUGAUGCCAGCCAAGAUGUUUUGAGUGCUACCACCAUUGGAAGUUUUAAACUUUGGCCAGACAAAAUCAAACAAGAAUUUGGUGAAAGGGAGGUGUCCAUCCUAACUAAGCAUUAUGAACCAAUACUGGAAGGUGCCAAUGUAAAAGUUGAUGAGGUUGACACUGAAUGGAGCAUGCUGAAAUUAGAGCUAUAUGACAGAUUUCAGAACAUUCGGAGUUUGACAUGGGAUUCAGUGAACUCAGAUUACUCUCACAAGUACCCUAACAUCCUGAUGCUGGUAGAUUUGAUCCUAACACUUCCUGCAAGUUCAGCUGAGGCAGAGCGUGGCUUCAGUCAAAUGAAGCUUACCAUGAUGCAACUGCACUCUAAAGGAAUGUCUGAAAGUGUGACUGAUCUCAUGAUAAUUCAGCUGAAUUCCCCAGACAUCAAAAAGUUUGACCCAGAGAAGGCUAUUCAUUUGUGGAAUAGUGCUUGGCAGAGACAUAGAAGACUACAGACUGGCUAUAUGAUUACUAAUGGAAGAUCAGAUUGCUCCUCAGACUCUGAUUUUGAUAGUCAUUAUGGGAGUGAUUAGAGUUGUGCAAAAUACCCAGUUUUCAUUUUUGAAUCAUGC